GGAACGGCGUCUCCCUGACCCGCAUCCUGCGCUCCGCACGCCUCAGCCUUUAGGAAACGGCCUCUGUCGGACCAGCAGCUGUUCUACACGCGCCAGUUGUUUCUCUCUGUAGUUAAUUUUACCACAAACACCUCGGCGCGUGCCAUCCCGGUACAUCGUGUGUUUGACUCAGGAUUCAGGCCAAAUCCCGACGGAGUGCUGGCAGCUGCUGGUUUUUCUGGGAACACGGCGCUGGUGAUAACAGAACUCACCUUCUGCACAACCCCGGCAGCAGCUCCCCUGUCACUGUGGCUGUGACCUGGGAACAGGAGCCUGGAAUCUCGCUCGUUACAUUUAAAAGCCCCAAUCCCCGCUGAGCUGCUGGAGUGGUUGUCAGUUAUUUACAUCCCCAGCUGACAGGUUUCUGUACAGUUUAAUUCAGUUUUUUAGCAAAAUGAAGAAGUGGAUGGACAUGUCAAACCUGCCCCAGGAAUUCCGAGAGCGAGUUGAGAGACUGGAGAGAAAUUUUGAAGUGUCAACUGUGAUUUUCAAAAAGUUUGAACCAAUAUUUUUUGAUAUAUUUCAAAACCCUUAUGAAGAAACUUCCAAACCGCAUCGAAGCAGGAAGCAGAGGCGGGUGCCAUGUAGUGUCAAAGAUCUCUUCAACUUCUGCUGGACUCUUUUUGUGUACACUAAGGGUAAUUUCCAUAUGAUUGGAGAUGAUUUAGUAAAUUCCUAUCAUUUACUUCUAUGCUGCUUGGACCUGGUUUUUGCCAAUGCCCUUCUGUGUCCAAACAGAAGAGAUUUGCUAAAUCCAUCAUUUAAAGGCUUACCAGUGGAAUUCCACACUCUGGAGAUCAAUGCCUCCGAGGAUCCUCCCUGCAUCGUGGCCAUGCUCUGCGAGCUGCACGACGGGCUCCUCGUGGAAGCGAAAGGCAUAAAGGAGCACUACUUCAAACCAUACAUUGCAAAGCUGUUUGAUAGGAAGAUCUUAAAAGGAGAUUGUCUGUUGGAUCUUUGCAACUUUACAGAAAAUAGCAAAGCACUGAAUAAAGAGUAUGAAGAGUAUGUUCUGACCGUGGGUGACUUUGAUGAGAGAGUUUUCCUGGGAGCUGAUGCUGAAGAAGAAAUUGGCACUCGAAAAUUCCCUGCAGAUGUGCCAGGAGAGAAAAUGGCAGCAAGAGCUCACAUGGAGUGUCAUCUGCAGCAGCAUUUUGAAAAGAAAAGGUCAUUUGCACCUUCAACUCCACUGACUGGCAGAAGAUACCUGCGAGAAAAGGAAGCUGCCAUCACUCCUGUGGCUUCGGCCACACAGAGCGUGAGCCGUUUGCAGAGCAUGGUGGCUGGGUUGAAAAAUGCACCAAGUGAACAACUUACAGCUAUUUUUGAGUCUUGUGCCCAUAGUCCCUUGGAAAGCAUCAUGAGCAGAGUGAAGGAAAUUGGUGAGACCUUCUGUUGCAGCUAUACUCAGUCAACGGAUGAGCAGCCAGGAUCUCACAUAGAUUUUGCUGUAAACAGAUUAAAACUGGCAGAGAUCUUGUACUAUAAAAUCUUGGAGACUAUAAUGGUGCAAGAAACACGGAGACUGCAUGGGAAGGAUCUGACUGCUCUCCUGGAACAGGAUCUCUUUCACCGCUCCCUCCUGGCAUGCUGCUUGGAGAUUGUGCUCUUCGCUUACAGCUCCCCUCGCACCUUCCCCUGGAUCAUUGAAGUGCUUGACCUCAGGCCAUUCUAUUUCUAUAAGGUUAUAGAAGUGCUGAUUCGGUCUGAGGAAGGACUUUCCAGAGACAUGGUGAAGCACCUCAAUAGCAUUGAGGAACAGAUUCUGGAGAGUCUGGCCUGGACUCGGAACUCAGCACUCUGGAAUGCACUUGAGGCCUCAGAUAACAAAGUCCCAACCUGUGAAGAAGUAAUAUUUCCCAGUAAUUUUGAGGCCAGCAAUGGAGGGAGUGGGUUUGGGCACUUGCCCAUGAUGCCAUUAUCUCCCAUAAUUCAUCCUCGAGUGAAAGAGGUUCGGACAGAUCUUGGUGGGAGUUUAAGACGAGACAUGCAGCCAUUGUCUCCAAUCUCCGUUCAUGAGCGCUACAGUUCUCCUACCGCUGGAAGUGCUAAGAGAAGGCUCUUUGGAGAAGACAGCCCCAAAGAAAUGCAGAUGGAAAAAGCCUUAACAAAAGGAACUAAGCUGACAAUUGCUCCAGCGUCAAGCAUUGGUGCUGAAAACACGUCAGCGUCUCCUGCCCAGACAGUGCUAACCGUGACAACCACUACAGGUCCUGGAAAAGCAGGACAGAAGGUCACUAUACCACUGCAUGGUAUUGCAAAUGACAUGGGUGGAAUCACCUUGAUCCCCAUUUCAAUUAAUUUAGGCCAGCCAUGUAAAGUGGAUGUGCAGGCUGCCUGCCACCCUCCUGGGAACCAAGCACAAGAAGUGCAGCUGCCAGCAGCCAGCAAACCCAAGAGAACAGGCUCCUUGGCACUGUUCUACAGGAAGGUGUAUCAUCUGGCAAGUGUGCGCUUGCGUGAUCUGUGCUUAAAACUGGACGUUUCCAAUGACUUGCGCAGGAAGAUCUGGACAUGUUUUGAAUUCACGUUGGUUCAUUGUGCUGAUCUUAUGAAAGACAGACAUUUGGACCAGCUCCUUCUCUGUGCUUUUUACAUUAUGGCCAAGGUAACCAAAGAGGAAAGAACUUUUCAGGACAUAAUGAAAAGUUAUAGAAAUCAGCCACAAGCAAACAGCCAUGUUUAUAGGAGUGUCUUGUUGAGAAAUACUUCUGAUGAUGUCCCAUUGGACAAAAAUGCAAACCCAGAUAUGGAGAUGACAGAAGACUCAUCUGUGAAAGCUGGCGGCUCCUCGGGACAAUCCGCAGCGGAGAACUCGAGUGAGUCAGAAACAGAGGAGAGAGGAGAUCUUAUUAAAUUUUACAAUGCAGUCUACGUAGGAAGAGUAAAGUCAUUUGCACUGAAGUAUGAUGUCACAAACCAGGAUCAUGUGAUGGAAGCGCCUCCACUGUCGCCGUUCCCCAGCAUCCGGCAGCAGCCGGUGUCUCCGCGGCGCAUCUCCCAGCAGCACUCCGUGUACGUGUCGCCUCACAAGAACGGCACCUGCCUCACACCUCGAACUGCUCUGCUCUACAAGUUCAAUGGCAGUCCUUCCAAGAGUUUGAAGGACAUCAAUAAUAUGAUAAAACAGGGUGAACAGAGGAGUAAGAAGCGAGCAAUAACAAUUGACAGUGACACUGAAUCUCCCAUGAAGAGACUCUGCCAGGAAAAUGAUGAUGUUCUGCUAAAACGUCUGCAGGAUGUUGUCAGUGAAAGAGCAAAUCACUAAAAAACUUCUGUUUUCUGUGGGAUCUCUUAAGUUAUGCCAAGUUCCUUCAACACUGAACUUUCACCUGACUUCCACAGGAUGCAAAAAGUAAGAGUUAUGUAGGAAAUACCAGUGGUCUUCAUUCCCAAAGACCACACUGUGCUAUGACUUACUCUGUGCUGUUUUAGCAAAAGAGUGUUCUGUGAAAGCCAUAUUGGAUGUUGCCUCAUUUAGAGCAUCAUGAGUUCUGAGUGUAACUCAGCUUGUAAGACCAGUUUUAUUGCUGGAAUAAGAGUGAUAAAGAAAUGAGUUAAAUCAGUGAAGUUUCCUCAAGCUUUUAGUAUUUUGAGAAGAAACUUGCAAAGUGCCUUAUUUGAAAAGAAUAUGGAAUUUUACACAUUAUUUUACUUUGGAAUAACUGGAGGGAGGAGAAAAUAAUUGUUUAGCCUCAAGAAGAACUGAGCAGCUUUGAACUGUCAGAACUUCUGUUAAAGUGUAGGUCGUGACAUGUAUCUGACAGCUUUUGCAGUAACAAAGGCAAUAAUCUAAUACAAAUAGUGGUGACUUAGGUUGGACUCUGGUAAAGCACUGAGGUACAGUUCUGUGAGCCUCAAUUCCCUUUCUCUUGAGCCAGUGGUGCUCCACGUUGGAAGCCACAGAGCAGCCUGCCCUAGGUGCUGUUCAUACGGAUGGCAGCUCACCCAUGAAGAAACACAGUUAAAGCUGAAAUCAGCAGCUGGGGCUUGGCCAUCUCAAAGCUGUUCAAAUGCACAAAUUCAUUUAACAAAUUGUAUCUCUUUUAUUUUUUUCCUGAAGACUUUUAGCCUCUUGUGUAGUAUCUACACUGAAUGUAAGCCCAUCACAUAAGGAGGUGUUUAUGUGUGAGGGUUUAUAGCUGUUAAAGGCUUGGAUUCACUGGAAAAGUAUAAAUUCCAGCAUCCAGUUCUUGUGACUGAAUUUUUAAUGCUGAGGAUUUGGUAGGGUCUGUUUUACCAAAAUGGAGAAAAGUCAGUGUUUACUCUUUACUGUAAAUCAAUAGUUUGAUUUUAUUUUAUAAUUGUAUUUAAGGUUAGAGCCAUAGAGAAACUUCUCAGCACUGUAAUUUUCAGUUUCUGUGUAACUGAACUGAAAAAAAAAAGAACGAUUACGUAGGACUUAUUUGAGGGUCUCUGUUCCCUUCAUUGGAUGGGUGGGUUAGUAUGUGCUGUGAGAUCCACAGCUCUAGGGGAGAACACUGCCAUGAUUUUGAACAGCCUCAGCUAAUGAAUCUAGCCAGCAGUGAUGAAGGACAAAUUGAUUACAAUGUGCAGGUGUGCAGGGAUGCUACUCAGCAAGGAGUAGAAAGUUUACAAACUUGGUUUUGAGUUGUUAGUUACUUGAAUAUUUGUUGGGUUUUUUUUUAAUUUUUUUUACUUUAAAAAAAAGGGUGCUUGCCCAUGGAGAGCUGCAGUAUGAAGAAAUGGCCAUACAGUGGAGGAGGAGUCAUGUAGAUAUUUGAUUUCCUUUAAUUUUAUUCAAGUUUUAAUGUUUGUCUUCAGAUUUUGAGAUAAAAAGUGGAGGAUUGCAACCUUUCUGGAUAGGAAAUGUAUGGUUAGGCAUGACAGCAUCAGUCUUUCCACAGUAUGGUAUGAUGAGAAUUUAGGUGACAUGGUUUUAAUUCAAUGUCAUGUGCAAAUCUCCUGGCGUCUCUGCUCCCCACACUGUCAGUGCCUUCUCUGACAGCAGACAACUCAUGGAGCCAGAAUCCUUAUUAACUGUUGUUAGGUGUAGUUCCUCUUCAUUAGUGUCUCUUCAUUCUUCAUAGUUCUCUUCAUUUUCAUAUUAGGAAAAUGAAUGUACUACAACUGGAUCCAGUUCAAAAUUCUUCACCUUUUUUAGGUGAUCUAAAAACUAUUUUAGGCUUGUUGAACAGCUAAAACAAUAGCUUACAUGGAAGUUUUGUAACAGUUUCAAAGUGCCUUCACAUGUAAAUCUGUA